GCUCACGCACACACACACGCACAUACAUAGCAGUGUAGUGACGCGCUGUGGUUUAGAGAGCCUCGGGUCCUCCCUCCUGCUUUUCACAUGAUCUGUAGCUUUCACAAGAGGAGAGUCGGGAAUGUGGACAAGAGCGACAAUAACGAUGGUUGAGCGAAGCCACAGUCUCUCUAUAAUGCGUUUAUUUUACACUGUCUGCAUCUGGCUGACAUUCAUCCACUGCGCCAAUGGAAUUCCGUGGACACAAGAGAAGCUCUAUCACCGAGCUGUCACACUAACACCAGAGGAGAUCCAGACCGCCCUGUCACACACUAACCUGGACCAGAUGUGGCAAAGAUACCUAAGGCCACUACUUGUUACCAGGUACCCGGGCUCUGCAGGCAGCCAAGCCGUGCAGCAGCAUAUUAAAACAACCCUCGGUUCCCUCGGGGCAGGCUGGGAAGUGACGGAGGAUAGGUUUGUGUCACAGACACCCUAUAGCCCCCUGCCCUUCACCAACCUGAUCGCCACCCUCAACCCAUCAGCCAAGCGCCGUCUGGUCCUGGCCUGUCACUACGACUCCAAGUACUACCCACCACAAUGGCACGGGAGGGAGUUCCAAGGCGCCACUGAUUCUGCUGUUCCCUGCGCCAUGAUGCUGGAGCUGGCACAAGCCCUGGAUGAAGAACUGAAAACUCAGAAGAGCUCCAGUCCUGAUCUGACCCUACAGCUAAUCUUCUUUGAUGGAGAGGAAGCUCUUUUCCAGUGGACCUCUACAGACUCCCUGUAUGGCUCUCGCCACCUCGCCCAGAAGAUGGAGUCUACCCCACAUCCCGCUGGAGCCACAGACACAAAUCUACUGCACGGCAUAGAUCUGUUUGUGUUGUUGGACCUGAUCGGGGCCCCUAGCCCACGCUUUGGGAACCAGUUCCCCAGCACAACACACUGGCUCUCCAGACUGCAGAACAUUGAAAAGCGUCUACACUCCAUGAACCAGCUUGUGAAUCAUCCUAAUGAUGUGCAAUAUUUCUGGCCAGAUCAACCUGUCGGCCACAUUCAAGAUGAUCAUAUACCAUUCCUAAACAGAGGAGUCCGUAUCCUCCACCUGAUCCCCUCCCCCUUCCCAUCCGUAUGGCACACGUUUGAUGACAAUGAGCAGAACCUGGAUCGCUCCACCAUUCAGAACCUCAACAAGAUCCUGCAGCUCUUUGUUCUGGAGUACCUCAACGCCAGACCUGCCAAUGCUUCAAAACCUUCCAACCCUUCAAACCCACAAAAUGCCCCAUAAAACCCCCAGCAUUCCUUUCGACAACUUUCUUUCUUUUGAUGUUUCACCAUAGAAAAGAUCUUCAACUGUUAUUUUAUAAGAAUACACUGCAUUUACUCCUCUUUAAAUACCAACAAUAUGGAUUUGUUAACAUAAUGAUUGAGAUGUGAGGUUGAAAUAAAAACCCUCAACUACA